CGGGAGGCGGCGCGGACGGUGGCCGCGUCGGGGCGCGGGUCGGGGCCGGCGGCGGUCGCGGCGAUGCUGCAGCUGCGGGACUCGGUGGACUCGGCGGGCACGAGCCCCACGGCGCUCCUGGCGGCCGACGAGGAGGUCGGGGCGGCCGGGCUGCGGCCGGGGGCGGGCACGCCGCAGCGCCAGACGCUGUGGCCGCUCAGCGUCCACGACCCCACCCGCCGCGCCCGGGUCAAGGAGUAUUUUGUGUUCCGGCCCGGGACCAUCGAGCAGGCGGUGGAGGAGAUCCGCGUGGUGGUCCGGCCCGUGGAGGACGGCGACAUCCAGGGCGUGUGGCUGCUGACCGAGGUCGACCACUGGAACAACGAGAAGGAGCGGCUGGUGCUGGUCACCGACCGGGCGCUGCUCAUCUGCAAGUACGACUUCAUCAGCCUGCAGUGCGAGCAGGUGGUCAGGGUUGCGCUGGACGCCGUGGACACCAUCUCCUUCGGGGAGUUCCAGUUCCCCCCCAAGUCACUCAACAAGCGAGAAGGAUUUGGGCUUCGUGUCCAGUGGGACAAGCAGAGCCGUGCCUCGUUCCUGAACAGGUGGAACCCCUGGUCCACCAAUGUGCCCUAUGCCACCUUCAUUGAGCACCCGAUGGCUGGCGCUGACGAGAAGACGGCGUCCCUGUGCCAGCUGGAGGGUUUCAAAGCGCUGCUGAUCCAGGCAGUGAAGAAGGCGCAGAAGGAGAGUCCGGCGGGUGGCCAGGCCGUGAGCGUGCUGGUGCUGGAGCGGCCGCUGCUGAUCGAGACCUACGUGGGGCUCAUGUCCUUCAUCAACAACGAGGCCAAGCUGGGCUACUCCAUGACCCGCGGCAAGAUCGGCUUCUAGGGCCCCGGAAUCGCGGCCCCUGCCUGGCUACAGGCCAGCGGGCCAAGUGCCCCUGGGCAGAGGGCCUGGCGCCUGGCUGGACGCACCCCCAGAUGCUCUGCUUCGCGCCCUCCCGACCCG